CCGAGCGAGGAGCGAGCUGCGAAGGGGAUGGCAGCCGCCUCGGAGCGGAACGAAGAGCAGACAGCGGCGGUGAGCAGCCGCUGCGGCGGGUCAAGGAUUUAAUUCCACCCCCCCUUCCUCCUCCCGCUCCGCGCCUGUUGGUAGGCGCCGCCGCGCGGGGCCCGCUGGUCCUGGCGCACAUGGCCCGGCAGUAGGAGCCGCCCCGCCCCUCCCCCGCUCCUUUCCUCGCCGCGCUGAGGCAGGGAGCGCGCGGCCGGCCGGGCCCCGCAGCCAGCCCCAUGCAGGACACCGAGGAGAGCCCGGCGGCCGCAGCGCCCACCGCCGCGCCGGGCCCCGGCGGCGAGAACGAGCACACGGACGGGCUCUCGCCGCCGCCGGCGGAGCCGCCGCAGCAGCAGGAGGAGGAGGAGGAGGAGAAGGAGGGAGAGGGGCAGGAAGAAGAAGGCGGCGAGUCUGAGGCGCCGCCGGGCCCCCCUGAGCCGCCGCCGCCCGCCGUUGAGGAGCCUUCCGCCGAGCCCGAGCAGCCGCCGCCUCAGCCGGCCUCGCCUCAGCCGUCGUCCGGCCGCGAAAGCCCCGAGAAGGCGGAGGCCGAGCCCGAGGCCGAGCCGCCGGCCGGGGCCGAGCCGGAGGCCGAGCCAGCGGUGGAGGCCAAGACCGAGCCGCCGGCUGAAGCCAAGACCGAGGCCGAGCCCGGCGCGGCGCAGGAGAACGGGGAGGCCGCGCCCGCCGUCCCGGCCGAGCCCGAGGACGAGAUUUCCUUCAGCGACCCCGAGGACUUCGUGGACGACAUCAGCGAUGAAGAAUUACUUGGUGAUGUACUGAAAGAUCAGCCACAGGAAGCAGAUGGGAUUGACUCAGUAAUUGUCGUGGAUAAUGUUCCCCAAGUUGGACCAGACCGACUUGAGAAACUGAAGAAUGUCAUCCACAAAAUAUUUUCCAAGUUUGGUAAAAUUAUCAAUGAAUUUUAUCCAGAAGCAGAUGGGAAGACAAAAGGAUACAUCUUUCUGGAGUAUAUGUCUCCGUCUCAUGCAGUGGAUGCUGUGAAGAAUGCAGAUGGAUACAAACUGGAUAAACAACACACUUUCAGAGUCAACCUUUUCACAGACUUUGAUAAGUACAUGACAAUCAGUGAUGAAUGGGAAAUCCCUGAGAAACAGCCAUUUAAAGAUCUGGGCAAUCUCCGAUACUGGUUGGAAGAUCCUGAUUGUAGGGAUCAGUACAGUGUGAUCUUUGAGUCAGGAGACCGGACCUCCAUUUUUUGGAAUGAUAUCAAGGAACCUGUGCAAAUUGAGGACAGAGCAAGGUGGACAGAAACCUAUGUACGUUGGUCCCCCAAGGGCACCUACUUGGCUACCUUCCACCAGCGAGGCAUCGCGCUUUGGGGUGGAGAGAAGUUCAAGCAGAUUCAAAGGUUUAGUCACCAGGGAGUGCAGCUCAUUGACUUCUCACCCUGUGAAAGGUAUUUAGUGACCUUCAGCCCUUUGAUGGACACACAGGAUGACCCUCAGGCUAUUAUCAUCUGGGACAUUCUGACUGGGCAGAAGAAGCGAGGAUUCCACUGUGAAAACUCAGCUCACUGGCCUAUUUUUAAAUGGAGUCAUGAUGGUAAAUUCUUUGCUCGAAUGACUUCAGAUACCCUCAGCAUCUAUGAAACACCUUCUAUGGGUUUGUUGGACAAAAAAAGCUUGAAAAUCACUGGGAUAAGAGACUUCUCAUGGUCUCCAGGUGGUAACAUAAUUGCUUUCUGGGUGCCUGAGGACAAAGACAUCCCAGCAAGAGUGACUUUGAUGCAGCUGCCUUCUAGACAAGAAAUACGUGUGCGAAAUCUCUUCAAUGUCGUAGAUUGUAAACUACACUGGCAGAAGAACGGGGAUUACCUGUGUGUGAAGGUAGACAGGACUCCCAAAGGCACACAGGGAGUAGUGACCAACUUUGAAAUAUUCAGAAUGAGAGAGAAACAGGUUCCAGUGGAUGUGGUGGAAAUGAAAGAAAGCAUCAUAGCCUUUGCUUGGGAACCAAAUGGAAGCAAGUUUGCUGUGUUGCAUGGAGAAACUCCACGAAUUUCAGUUUCCUUUUACCAUGUUAAAAACAAUGGGAAAAUAGAACUCAUAAAAACAUUUGACAAACAGCAGGCAAACACGAUAUUCUGGAGUCCUCAAGGGCAGUUUGUAGUGUUGGCUGGCCUCAGAAGCAUGAAUGGUGCCUUAGCGUUUGUUGAUACAUCUGACUGCACCAUGAUGAAUAUAGCUGAACACUAUACAGCUUCAGAUGUGGAAUGGGAUCCUACAGGCAGAUACAUUGUGACUUCUGUGUCUUGGUGGAGCCAUAAGGUGGACAAUGCAUAUUGGUUAUGGACGUUCCAAGGCCGUCUGCUUCAGAAAAACAACAAAGACAGGUUCUGUCAGCUGCUGUGGAGACCACGACCAGCUACCUUGCUCAGUGAGGAUCAGAUAAAGCAAAUUAAGAAGGACCUGAAGAAAUACUCCAAGAUAUUUGAGCAGAAGGAUCGCCUGAGCCAGUCCAAAGCUUCAAAGGAACUAGUGGAAAGGAGACGUACAAUGAUGGAGGAGUUCAGAAAGUACCGCAAGAUGGCACAGAAAUUGUACAUGGAGCAGAGGAGUGAGCGUUUAGAGCUUCGAGGAGGGGUAGAUACAGAUGAGCUGGACAGCAAUGUCGAUGACUGGGAGGAGGAGACUGUUGAAUUUUUUAUCAAUGAAGAAAUUAUUACCCUUGCAGAACCAGAGUAAUUAAUUAAACUGUGCACCACCAGAUCUUGUGCUGAAAAGAAGGUUGUUCAUUUUCAGAAAGCCUACAUCAACUUUGGAAUUUGUAAUCCAUAUUCUUGCACUCUGGAAGGGUGGAUGCACCAGAUUUUCUCCAUUCUGACACAUUGUAGUGCCUUUAAGUCUUGCUGCCUGCUGCAGUGAGACACUGGGAAGGCGCUGCUUUAAAUUCUAUUAUUUUUUUAGGGGUUUUGUUUUUGGUUUUUUCUUUUUUAAAUCCACUACUACCAGUAUUUACUUCCUGACUCCCUGUGCAGUACUUGCCAACUGGUAGUUUUUGGCUAUUGCCAGUGAGGUGAGAUUCACCAGCGCACCUCUUAGACGCACGAUGUUUCUGUUUCAGGACUCUUUCUAUGUCCCGAGUGCAUGGACAAGUGUUCAUUUUGUUUGGGGAAAAGUCAACAGAACCAUUUUUCAUAUGAUGUGUUUUAGUGUGCUGAAGCAGCACUACAGUGGGCUAUAUCCUCCUCCUUUCAGAUUGUGAAAGGAUGUCUCCCUCAAAGAGCUGAAUAUGGAAAUAAAAGCAGACCUAUACUAAAACCAGGCUGGCUACGUGUUGUUUGUAGGGAAUCUUUCCCUGACUGAUGAAAGUCAAACAUGCCUGCAGUAAUAAGAGUGGGUUUUAUCUUGUCUAUAUGGUUCCUUUGGAUUUUUUUAGUCUCAGUUCCUUAUGGCUCCUCUGAGGUUUGUUUUUUACAGCUCAUUGAUAGGUAGGCCUGUUCAUUAGAGUGGAGCAACAAGGAAAUGAGUGGAUUUCUUAAACCAUUUGCAAACUGAUCCUAGCCUCAGGAAUGACUGGAUUAGUCUAUGUCUUACUAAUGAACAGUGCAAAAUAUCUGAGAAGUGCUCUGUAAGCACAUGCCUUAUUCUUCCUGUUACAUUACCUAGUUUCAUUUCUAAAGCCCUCUGUGCUCAGAGGGGAAAAGUGUACUUAUAGCAACUUCUCUGUAUUUGUAUUUAUGAGUAGAAAUUCUUUCCUGGAUAUUGUCAGAGCAGUGAGAGGUUGGUGUGCUGCUUGCCCUUUGAGGGGCAGAGGAGAGUGAGGAUGCUCCUGCCUCCUCUCCUGGGCUGGCCAGGGAAGGUGUCAGUGUGGGCUGUCUGGACUGGCUGGUUUUAAACCGUGAGCUCACGGACACAGCAGUGUCUGACAGAUCUGAAGCAGAAAGCAUCCUUUGGGCAAAGGUCCCCCCACUCAGCUGGAGGCAGCUAAGGACAGUAAUGUGUGCAGUACUCACUCUUCUUUGUCCUUAGGUGAACAUGCUGUGACAGCAAAUGCAUGGAUCCCUCAAUUAACUCCCAUGUUCUCUUCACCAGGAAGACUCUUCAAAAUGAUUGUUCCAUAAUGAUGGUAUUGGCUUAAUUUUGGUAGUUCACUCUUAAACCAGUGAGUGGUUUUGUGUCCAAAAGUCUAUCUUACCUUCCAUUUUCAUUUGUUGAAAUUUGUUCAUUCAUAAUCCGUAUAUACA